CCCAGAGGAGAUAGGAAAUUUAGGGAUCCAGGGAAUCACAGCCAAUCGGUCCCCCACUCCGCGUCCGGUGUUUUCGUUGGUUUCCCGAUCAGAGAUUACAGGAGAGAAAUCAGAUCAUGGGGAGCAUCAAAAGUCAGGACAGGUAGAAUCAGAGAUAAGAUCAGAGCAUCAGAGAGACUUCAGAGUAAAGGGAGGAGCCAGGGAGAGAUCGGGUCAAAAGUGGGGAUCAGGGAGAGACUAAAGGGGAGACUCGGGGAGAGAUCAGGGCAGGAGGCCUUUCGGGUUAAGAGAUCGCUAUAGGAAACGUUUGGGGAAUCCGACUCGAGAGGAUGCUUGUGGCUGCAGCCGCUGAGCGUAACAAGGACCCUAUUCUCCAGGUCCUACAGCAGUACGUAGACCCUGCCCAGUCCAACUUCCAGGUAUUGGAGGUGGCAUCAGGUUCAGGUCAGCAUGUGGCCCAUUUCUCGCAGGCUUUUCCCAAGGCGGUGUGGCAGCCCACAGAGGUGGACCAGCAGAGCCUCAACAGCAUUUCGGCUUUCAUCAAGAACUGGCAUCUUCAGAAUGUGAGGCCACCACUGUUCCUAGACGCUUCCUGCAGCUGGGAAAACUGGGGAGGGAUCCAGGCUAGGUCUUUGGACCUGGUACUCUGUAUUAAUAUGAUUCACAUCAGCGCCAUGAGCUGCACGGAGGGGCUGUUCAAAGGGGCGGGACAGCUGUUGAAACCUAAUGGUUUGCUGAUCACCUAUGGGGCUUAUGCUAUCAAUGGGAAGAUCACACCACAGAGCAAUGUGGACUUCGACAUCAGCCUCAGACGCAGGAACCCAGCCUGGGGGCUCCGGGACAUAUUCCUUUUGCAGCAGCUCGCUGAAGCCAGUGGCCUCUACCUGGAGAAGAUGAUUGACAUGCCAGCCAACAACAAAUGCCUGAUUUUCCGAAAACAGUGACUUGUUGAUCCCGACCGUCAUCCCUCACAACCCUUGGGAGGAUCCUAGUUUUUGCCAGUGUGCCUGCUUGGCAUGUUUAGGGAGGUUUCCUCAGCAUCCUGCCAUGAACUAGCAGAAUUGGGGCUGAAUGUCAAGCACUGGCAACUCACCCACAUCCUAGUGUCUACCAGCUCCUGGCUGGCCUCAUUCUUGUCCCCUGGGCCACCCCCCACGCCUCCCCGCAUGCUUUCCAAGACAUCCUCGUCUUCUCCCAUGCAUGGAGAAAGGCAAGAGUUUGAGCCUGGGGUGGGGCAAGGCUAUUCAGUGUUUCUCCUUGCCACCUUGAAUGAAAUCUACUUAUUUUGGUGGGUUCUGUCUCUGUCCUGAUACUUUGUAGGCUUUAGUUUUUCUGUUCAUAACCUGAGUGGGUUGGAAUAAAGGAUCUCAGCUCUAA